AUGGAUCCAGGCCCAGCAUACAAACGGCGCCGUCCCGCUGUAGCCUGCACCGAAUGCCGUAGACGGAAGAUUCGCUGCGACCGUCACUCUCCCUGCGGACCCUGUAGCAAAUCAAUGCCGAGCCUGCGAUGCGUGUACAACAACCAGCCAACAGGUCGUAUUCCCGAUAGUUAUCUGGAUCCCGGGAUGCAGCAGCAGCACGACUCGUUGGCUCUGAACAGUCACGCGCAUAGAGAGCCUUAUGAGCAGUCGAUCUUUGGACAGCAGCCUUUUGAUGAGGUGUCGGAGAUGGAUCUUUUUAAUAUGGAUGUUGCGCCAAUGACUGAUGUGUCUCUGGGAUUUGUUGACCUGGAUUUCUUUGGGAUGAGUGAUGUUUCUCAUUCAAAAUCAGCUUCUAUUGAUUCGACAAACUCGCUUCUUCAAGGAUUAUCCAGAUCACCAUCGUGGACAACUUCGAGUCUUCCUUCAACAAUGGCCAGCAGUAUCACAAAUUCACUACAGAACUUACCUCUCACGCAGUCAAAGAGUUCGGGUAGGUCUUCAGCAGCCCAGACUCGAGAACGAGAAUACUUUGGUGCCGAAGACCAAGAGAACCAUUGGUAUGAGCCCUUUUCCAAGUGCGACAAGUUGAGAUUUCUCGUGGAUAAUCUUUCCGGAGACGAUCUCCAUCUUUCGCCUGAGCAAGGUGCUCUUCGGCCACUUUUUGAGACCUAUAAGAGACUCCAUCGCGAUGUUCGAAAAGGUCACGAAGGAAGACUCUCCAGCGAGAAUUCUUUAUCAAUUCAAGGUGGCGCCCGCGGAAUGCUUCCAGCCAGAAGAACUUGCGACUCACUGGUUGAUGCGUAUAUCAAGACCUUUGAGUCUGAAGACUCUGCUUCAAAGGUCUCGACCGCUGACGAAACAUUCGCCUGCAAGCUCCUUCUCGUGGCAGCACUUGGGUCGAUCACCUUCAACCCAACGGAGUCACAACAAGAUCAGGCCACCUCAUCCCGGGAACUCUCAAUCAACUGGAUCUCCUACGUCAAAGACUGGCUCGCCCGUAAGAGCAUGAAAGGCAUGCGAGGAGAUCUAAGUAUGGCACAGAUCGCCUGUCUCUUAGCCCUGACACGUCACACGCACCACCAGGAUUCCGCCCCCAUGGGCGUAGCAUGGCUUUCCGAGGGACACGGCCUAACUCACAUGGCCGUUCAAAUGGGUUUGCAUCGGGAACCAAGAGUCCGGUCACCGAAUAUGUCCGUUAAAGAAGCCGAGAUACGGAGACGGCUGUGGGCUACGAUGUUGGAGUUGUCGUUACAGGUUUCUGUCGAUCAAGGCCUUCCGGCUCCUAUUGCGCCGGAGAGCUAUGAUUGCGAGGUGCCGAGUAGUAUUGCGGAUGAUGAUCUGGUUCUGGGGGUUGAGCCACAGAGUGUGACGCAGUCAUCAGUUCUCAUGCUCCUUGCACAAACCCAGAGAUUGCGUCUACGGAUCCUCCAACUCGUUAACGCACCCGGGUCGUCAAAAACGUAUCAGGAAUGCCACAUUCUUGCAUCAGAGCUCAACACAGCUUGUUCCGCGGGUGAAUCCAAGCUAGAUUCGCAGCUCAGCGACUUUCAGAGUGGUUUCUUGACUAGCUUUGCCAAGCCGUUUGUGCUAGCGCUUCAUGAAGCCUUUGCUGAGGAGGCAUAUUCGAAACCGGAAUACUACUAUUCACGAAGAAUGCGUAUGGAGAUCUCAGCCCAACUACUGUCAUGCACCGCAAGCCCAGGUCCGUACUCAGCACUACUUACCAACGCGUCAGGACAGUUUUCUGUAAUGCAGAGACAGGCCACAAUGUCUCUAUGUCUCGAUCUAAUUGGAGACUUUGAGGAAGACUCAUUUCCCAACUUAGAUAGUGCUUCUCGAGUAAAACUUGGAGAUAUCCUGUCUAACGCAAUUACUUUGUUCAAAAGGCGCGUCGAGGUGUCACGUGGCUCGGAGUCAACAGAGGAGUUUGUCUUAUUCUCAUGCGCAUCAUCCUACAUUGAGAGUCUACAGAGAAAGGGGGACAGUGAAAAGGUGGACGCGAGAGUUAACGAGACUGCGAAGGCUGUGCUGAAGGUUUGCUCGGAUAUAAUGGGAAAGCGGAGGCGAAGGGAGUCACUUGCAGAGUCAGAUAUUUGGAUGGGCUGA